GGAAGCAACUUCCUAAGAGACACUGGCUCUUUCUAACAGACCAGCAGCACCAGCCUCACUUCUCAUCUUUACUUAGCACAAUGGCUUAUAAAUCCCAGAGCUUCAGCACCCGCUCUGCUGUCCCCCAGGGGGGUGGUAGCUCAUUUAGAAUCAGCCAGACGACCCGUUCCUCCAGUGGAGCUGGUGCAGGGUUUGGAAGGUCAGGAGGAUUCAGCAGCUCCAGCUUGUCCAACUUGGGCUCAGUGAAAAAGAGUGUCUCUUAUGGUGUAUCCAGCGGCAGAUCUGGCUUUGGUGGCGGCGGCUCACUCUAUGGAGCUGGAGCUGGAGCUGGGUCUGGAUAUGGCGGUGGCUAUGGAGGUGGCCAUGUAGCUGGACCUGGGAUACAUGAGGUGACCAUUAACCACAGUCUGUUGACACCCCUGAACCUGCAGAUUGACCCCAACAUCCAAAUUGUGAGGAAGGAAGAGAGGGAGCAGAUCAAGACUUUGAACAACAAGUUUGCUUCUUUCAUUGAUAAGGUGAGAUUCCUUGAACAACAAAACAAAGUUUUGGAGACAAAGUGGGAACUUCUGCAAAACCAGAAGGGGUCCUCUAAGACCAGUAACAUUGGACCCCUAUUUGAAGCUUACAUUGCCAACCUGAGGAGGCAACUGGACAGCUUGGUCAAUGAUAAAGGCAGACUGGAUGGAGAACUUAGGAACAUGCAAGACCUGGUGGAAGACUACAAGAACAAGUAUGAGGAUGAAAUCAACAAGCGCACUGCAGCUGAGAAUGACUUUGUCGUGCUUAAGAAGGAUGUGGAUGCCUCCUAUAUGAACAAAGUAGAGCUGGAAGGCCGGGUCGAUGGUCUGACCGAUGAGAUCAACUUCCUGAGGGCACUGUAUGAGGCUGAACUGCGUGAAUUACAGGCACAGAUCUCAGACACAUCAGUUGUCCUAUCCAUGGACAACAACAGAGCUCUGGACCUGGACAGCAUCAUCGCCGAAGUCAAGAGUCAGUAUGAAGAGAUUGCCAACAAGAGCCGUGCUGAGGCAGAAUCCGUGUAUCAGAACAAAUUCCAAGAGCUCCAGGCCACCGCUGGACGUCAUGGAGAUGAUCUGCGCAACACCAAGACUGAGAUCUCCGAGCUGAACCGUGCUAUCCAGAGGCUACAGGCAGAGAUUGAGAAUGUGAAGGCACAGCGUGCUAAGCUGGAAGCACAGAUUGCAGAGGCUGAAGAGCGCGGUGAACUGGCACUGAAAGAUGCCCGGGAGAAACUGUCUGAGCUGGAAGCCGCCCUACAGAAGGCCAAGCAGGACAUGGCUCGUCAACUCCGUGAAUAUCAGGAACUGAUGAAUGUGAAAUUGGCCCUAGAUAUUGAAAUUGCCACCUACAGGAAACUGCUGGAAGGAGAGGAGAACAGGCUGGCUGGUGAAGGUGUUAACCCCAUUAGUGUAUCUGUGGUGAACUCUAGUUCCUCCUCCGGAGGUGGCGGUGGAUAUGGAAGUUAUGGAGGAUCAGGCUAUGGCUCAGGAGCAAGUUUUGGUGCCGGAUCAGGGUAUGGUGGCAGCUCUGUCAAGUACUCCAGUGGCGGUGGAUCAUCCAGUGGUGUGAAGUCCUACUCAAUGACAACCACAUCUUCUAGCAGAAGCAGCAGGAAUUACUAACAAGCUGUGUUCCCUGUUUAAUGACGCCACCAGUGCUAUCCAUACCUCCUAACAUACUGUACUCAAUGUUUUAUGUUAUUUUUCCUACAGAACAGAGGCAUCAAAUUUAAGUGCCAGGUUUUCCCUAUGUCAUCAAGCUUCAGCGAAAGCAUUUGGUUGUGCCAAGUAUUUGUUCUACUAUGUUACUAAACAAUGUUUGGGGUAUGGUUGGUUGCUGAGGUUGUCAAGAAGCAGCACAUUUCUCUCUUUGCAAAGCUCUUCUUUGAUUCCUCUUACUGCCUUUCCAACCUGUGCUCUCCUUGAGUGUCACCAGUGGCUCUAGAACCGUCUGGUUGUUGUAAGGUAAAGUGUAGUAUUGACAUGUAAACCCGAGACCCCCCCGGGUAGCAGUCUUAUAAAAUCUGUGCAGGCAUUUUCGGUCAAUGCUUAGAAUGGAACUGAUGCCUCGAUCCCAAAAAUAAGACAAUUUUACAGUAUUUCAGGGUGAACUUAACAUUUUAUAGUUUUUUCAGAAAGAAUUUCCAUUAUUGUAUAUAUCAGUAGAAAUAUACGGUGCUAUUAUUCACCCUUGCAAAUAUCGUAGGCAAAUUCUAUUCAAGUUUCUAAAGCCAAGAAAGUUACUUAGCAGCAAAAUGUAGUAUGAAAAUGUAACUUGUUCCUUUUACUAAAUUUUGAACCUGCAUCUAUACAAGAAACAACAUUGAAAACUCCCCAUGUUCACUCGUUGUAAUAUCUGGUCUAUGUUCAUUUGUGGAAGUUUUCAAACUUGUGGGGAGGUAUUUUCUGUAUGGUGUGAAAGAACUUCAAUAAAUUUCCUUCCAAUUCAGAAA